AUGAAUGAGGAUGAGCAAAAGGUUCAAAGUGAAGCUCACCAGCCAAGGUGGCUUGACGAUUUUUUGGAGAAAAAGUUCUUUGAACCGUGUUCUUCUCAUUUGAAUUCAAGGAAUAAGUUGAAUAUUUACUGUAUAAACUGCAAAGUAUCUGCUUGUAAGUGUUGUCUGUCCUCAGGGCAUCAUCAAAAUCAUCAGAUACUUCAAGUUUUCAGAAAUGUUUACAAGGAUGUUGUCUGUCUUGCUGCUCUGGAAACUUAUAUCGACUGCUCAAAAAUCCAGCCCUUCAAAUGCAACAAAAAGCUGGUUUUGAAUCGUCUUCCACUUUGUGGAUCAACAUUUGAUGAUGUGGCAUCAUGCAACAUCAGUAGAAAGUCGAAAGAAGCCCAGUCGUAUCAGUACUGCUCCAUUGCUUGCAUGGUAAAAGCUGUUUCAAGAAAAUCUGAUGAUUCAGUUCCUUCCAUCAGUUCCAUCCAAGCUCCUUCUCAUGAAUCACGGGUGGAAUUUUCUGAGCCUUCUAAGCGAAAAAGGAAACGGAAAGGAACACCUCACAGAGCUCCAUUAUUUUAG